UCAAAUUUCAAUGGCUAACUCUUCUGGGAAUCACGAAGAAGAGCAGACAACCCAUGUUGCGUCGUCGUUUAACGGGAAUUUGGCACCCGACACUUCGCCCACCGCGCUCGCCAUGAAGCACAACCCCGGCAUAGCCCUCGAUUGGACUCUCCAAGAGCAAACUAUUCUCGAAGAAGGACUCUCUCUGUUUGCAUCUGAACCUAACCUCACACGCUACGCAAAGAUAGCACAAAAUCUAAAUAACAAGACAGUCCGGGAUGUAGCACUGAGAGUCAGGUGGAUGAAUAAAAAAGAAAAUUGCAAGAGAAGGAAGGAUGAUUUUCCAAGGAAAAGUAAAGAUAAAAAGGUUUCGGAUCCUGCAGUGAGAUCAUCUCACUAUACUGCUCAACCCAAUGUUUCCCCAUAUGCUCCUGCUAUGACUAUGAUGGAUAAUGAUGAUGGCAUCUCUCACAUAGCUAUUGGAGGCCCCACAGGUGAGCUCUUAGAGCAAAAUGCACAGGCCUUGAAUAAAAUCUCUACCAAUCUUGCUGCUCUUCAGUUACAGGGUAACAUCAAUCUUUUCAGCCAAACGAGAGACAACAUCAUCAAAAUUUUGAAUGACAUGAAUGACAUGCAAGAGGCAAUGAAGCAAAUGCCACCUCUUCCUUUUAAGAUCAAUGAAACGAUAUUCAACUCCAUACUUUCCAAAACAAAUCAACAUAUGCAAUAACGAUGUUUGCUCAUUCAGUGUGAUAUCUGGGCCUGCCGUUUCCAUAUUUAUGCUUGCAUUCAAAUUGACCCAGCAUUAAAGAAGAAAGAAUGGAAUAGGUUGACCACAACCCAGCUAAAUUAGCCUUCAUUUUUUGUAACAUUCUGGUUUUCCUGCUCUUGCUCGCUUGCUAAGUUUAACUUAAUUGGAGUAUAGGAAGUAGUUGUUAUUAUUUUGGGGUUGAAUUUAGGGACUGAUAACAAUAAGUAUAACUUAGUUAUUUGUAAAUUUUAUUCUCCAUAUUAUAUAAAUGAUAGAUAUUGUUUCCUUGUUUCUCUUCUCA